AUGGCUUCCUCUGUUCCUCGACGUAGGAAGCUUAUCGGUCAACGUCGCCGUGUUGAGGACGAGGGCGAAGACGAGGCAGGCCCGGAGACCCUCGACCUCGAUGACGAUUCCAUCACCGACGGCUCCCUGACAGACGACAAUGAUCCUGCAGAUGAUAGCGAUACCAGCAACAUUGACGAGGCCUCGCCAACGUCUCCGAAUGCGAGGAGGAAGGUCAAUGGCGCUGCCAAGCAUGCCGGCCAUAGCCAUAAGUCGGGGUCCGGUUCCGGCCCCGGCCAGAACGGCAAGCCUGUUACCGAUACGGACGUGAUGCUGCACGGUUUGUCCAUCACAGACCAAUCCCACCCAGUACAGGAGAUGCAUUUUGACGAGGUCGUUGCCCCGUCACCCAGCAAGUCUCCUGCUGCCCCCAUAGUAGUGAGCUCAGCAUCCGCCAGGCCACCUGCUGCUCCUGCAAACAGACGUCGACAAGAGCACGAAGAUUACAAACGCAAGAGAGAUGAGGACCCAGCUUUCGUCCCAAACCGUGGCGCCUUCUUCAUGCACGACCACAGACAUGCCGGGCCCGCAGCAAAUGGAUUUCGUCCUUUUGGUCGAGGUCGAGGUCGAGGUGGCCGUGGUGGUAUUGGAGGCCCUUUUGCUCCCAUCAACCAAUUGCACCAGCCUGCAGACCCUACGACCAACUCUCCAUGGGCACAUGAUAUGCACGACACCGUCGUAGAGCCCGCACCUCCAGCACGCCCUCGACACAUGGUGGAACAGGAGGGCCCAGCCAACGGAAAUGGCUUCAUUCCGACAUGUGAUCCAAACCCGACUCCAAUCAACCGCACUCUCUCCACUGAGAAGCAUAUCGGUAACGCACAGGUCCGGGUGUCCCUUCCGUCUAUGACAGGGCCGGUUGUCAUUCCACGUCUUGCCGUGAAGCAGUAUACCAAGCUCCCCGAUCAUCGGCCACCUCUGCGUCGGGACAAACCUGUCCGUAUCUCGCUACCCAACAAUCCUCCUCGAUAUAUCUACCCUGCCGCUGAUAGAUCUUUCAUCUUUAUCCCCCGGGCUAUGCGACCCAACCAGCAGCGAAUGCGAGGAAAACCUCGUUCUGGCUUUGGCUCGAUGGGUGGUUUCUCGAGACGAACAAGUGUUUUUGGAGGUAGUUACUAUGGCAGCGUGUAUUCUCCUAGCGUGGCAAUGAGCAGGCGGUCUUCCAUCGUGGACCGUGAUUACAUGUUUUCGCCCACAGGCUCCGUUAUCUCACGGCCCCCUAUCCCUGUUGAGAAUACUCGACCGGUUGUUCGACUACCUCCUGCUCCUCGUCCUGAAAUGCCAAUGAACACAAUGGUCCCGUCAAUGGCUGCUCCCGCUUCUGCUUAUGGGCCAGCCGAUCCUGCCUUUGGUGUCGAGAGACCUCACGCACUGGAGACAUCAAUCAACGAUCUGCCUCCACCUCAGACAUACCCCCUUCCUCAAAAGCCUGCUUUCCAGGAGAAUCGGCCCACCUCAGCUCUGCCCAUGCAUCAGCCUCGUCCACAGAAGAACAUAUCUGUUGCUGAUAUCGAGUCACCCACCUUGACGCAAGGCCCCCAGGCUUAUCAGCAGGCCUUCCACCAGCAGGUGCCUAUUCAAAUGGCUAAUGGCCUGCCUCAAGAAUCACAUACUCGCCAGCCGUCUUAUCCAUCUCAGCAUUCUACUGGUACGCCUUUGUCUCAGAUUCCUGAGAGAGCCAUUCAUGCUGCUCCUUUCCAGCCAAACACUUAUGGUCAGCAACCUUACUACAACCAGCAGCCAUAUCAAGCGCAGCCUCAGCAGGGAUACUACUAUCCACCCAACUACAACACUCCCAAUAUGGGACCGUCCAGUACUGCACCUGCAUUUGUGCCCAGCCAGCCAGGUCCUCCUGGCAGCUUCACGCCUCAAAAUCAGCCCGAGCAGCCCGUGAUGUCUAACAACGGCCCACCCCCUGCUCCCGGGUCCAGUCUAGUGGUCCAAGAAGCGAAUGGGAUGGUUUACUACUUCGAAGCGUCACAGCUGCCGCCGGUUACCAACUAUUCUGGCUACCCUGCGCCUCAAGGCUACCAACCCAGUGUCAUGGGUAUGGGUGGCAUGGUGACACCCAGCCCUGACGGCUUCUACUAUCCCCAACAGACAUCCGGUAUGGUCUACUAUCCGCAGUAG